UCAAAUCAAAAGUUUGGGAACCCCCGAUCAGUGAUAAACUCACGCAACAUUUUAAUCGCUGUCGUCGUAUUCAUUGUCACAUCAACCCCCCUGUCAACCUUACGACAAUCGAGUAAAAGCUAUUCCGUCGUCAGCAGUCGUCAGUAUUGCUCUGUGUUGUUAGACAACAGAGGAAACAAACCUAUUCUGACCCCAGAUUUUCUUUAAACCUGAAUCACCCCAAUCUCCACCUUUUAAUUAAUUUAAGACACAAAAUGGCGUCCGUUCGUCUGUCCUCGCGGUUCGACAUUCUUCAUGUCAUGGACUCCUCGUCUGAUUUUCCUGGGAACGAUUCAGACGAGGAUGGUAAAGCAAACCGUGUGCAGAGGCAGCCCAGCAAGGGGAACAAAGAUGGCAAAUCCACGGCAGCGUCUGGUGACGGGACAAAUGCCAAUGCCAAGAAACGCAUUAAGAAAAAGAAGAACAAACAACAACAGCAAGCGGCUGAGUUACGAGAUAUAGCCUUCAACAAGAUCCCCUCCAUUCCAAAAGGAAUAGUCGGCAGCCCUCCAUCAAGUUCUUGUCUCAAUCUUCCCCCUGGACUGUCUGUAGAUGCAACCGUACCCCCGGCCAACUCGUUAGAUCACCUGGUCGGAAACCCAAUGCAAUGGGAGGACUGGAAAAGAAAAGACAAGGGGCAUGUACAAGACCAGUUUCAAGAUGAUUUACAGAAAGCUAUCCUUGCCAGCAAAGUGGAGUUUGAGCGCCAGCAGCAGUUUGUUCAUGAAGUCGGCCCAGUAUUGAAUGAAGAUGAUCAAGCUGCUGCUAUUAACCGAAAGGAAAGGAGGAAACACAUGCAAGGAAAGGACAAGCCCCACCCAGUAUCCUUGCAAAGUUUUCAAGCCGCACCCACUAGUAAUGGUAAUGGAGGAGGCAUUGAUGAAAUAGAGUUACCUAAGAAACAUGAACCAGAUCCGAUGUUCUUUGAGAAAGUUGAUAAAGAUGUGGCUGAGAUUAUCACCAAGGAGGAAACUAAAACUAAGAAGAAACAAACCCAGAAAAUGGCUGCCGAGAAUAUAAGGAGAGUUCAACAUGAAGAUGAUCUUGAACAGAGGGAUCAUGAAAUUACUGAAAUGAAGACUGCGGUAGAAAAAAUGAAGGAGGAGCUUGCACAAGUUAAGAAGAGAAAUAAACAGCUUUGCUUUAUCUUAGCCCAGGGGGAAAUGAAAGACAAAGCUGAUGUGUUGAAACAAGUGGAUGAACUGACGGCAGUGAAAGAUGAACUGACCACAGAGGUUUCAGAGCUUCAUGCAGCGUUAGAGCAGGAAAGAUCCAAAGUGUCCACAUUGAAAUCUGAGCUUCAAAGACUACAUGAUAGGAAGAAGUAAAGAUGGAGACAACACAUUCGCAAAAGUGUCAUGUGUGUGUGAGGACCAAAAUGUUAUAUCCCAGUGGAACUACUGGCUCCAAAUAAUGAGUUGACUUUGAAACAGCUGCCUAAAACACCAUCAGUGAACGACUGGACUGAAAUAAAUAUGACUUUGUCAAACCUGUUGAUUUGGCAAUCUGGAUCAGGAGGACAGAUUCCUUUCAAAUGUGGCCAUUACAAUGGCAAAACUAACACCGUGUAGCCAUUCCAAAGCUCUCUGGCAUUUUAUAUGGGAAUCUACCAAGUGCAUUAGAUCUCAUCUUCAUCUGAUUACUACUCAACACUUGCAGUUCAAGCUUUGCCCAUUGGUCAAGUCGGAUUUUCAGCUGGUAUUAAAUGAUGCAAUCUGGUACUCAUAUUUGACAGUGUCCAAGAAAAAUAAGUAUUAGAACGUCAAUUUAAACCCUGUAGUAGGUACCACAAAAGUUGUCUUUCGCACUCGGAUCACUAAAAAACUGUUGAUGUUAACUGGAUGAUUUUAAGGUAGCAAAAAACUUUUAAUUACCAUAGUUAUUCCACAACUUGAGUAAUGAUACAUGUAUACAUUGCUUUGAUCCUGGAAAGUAAACUCUGUCAAAUCCUUAUUAUUGCUAACAAGUGUCCUGAAAGUUUCAGAGAAUAAGUGAUUAUGUUUUCAAAUGAACGAAAUGGGUAAGUGUUUAUUUUGUUUCAUUACUUUUGAUUGGGAAAACAUUUUGCUUUUAGCUUUUGAUAUUCAAACAAAGAUAUUUAGGAUUAUUACAUUAUUACAUUGCUUGCACGUGGCUACUCUAUGUAUGAUUUAUCUGUUGUUGUUGUUGUUAUUAUUUAUUCAGCCAAUUCAACAAUAAAAAAGGACAAUACUUCCAGAUGGGCUAGGAGAAACUCUCUGUAGAAAACAUUCUUUUACCAACUAUGAUAAAAAAACUAAUUUUUUGCACAACUUAAUUUUGGUAAUACUUUGCAGUCAGGUCCUGCUGUUAGAUUGCAUUAUACGUCACCCACAGUAGGCCUAUGUAACACUUGCAACUUUGUACUAUAACUCUUACCUUUUCCUUUGAACGUUUUAAUUUUUUGAAAUACAAUGUAUCAAUGGAGUUUAAAAUGUUUGAGACAAAAGCAAAUUUAUGAAUAAAAUACUUUGCUUACUUUUGUUUAAUUGUUGAA